AUGGUCCUCGUUGAGGUCCUCAUCCACGCCAGCGCCUUUAUGGUGUCUGUUGCGUACUUCUCUGGAUUAGCGCCCGCCGACACCGUCGCCCAGGCCCUCGUCUACAUCUCGUCCACCUACCUCGCCGUCAGCUACACCGCGUCCCUCGUCAACUCGUUCUAUUCUCCCACACUCUCAUCCGCCACCGCAAACAACGACACGGUCUUCUCCCCCGUCGAACCCGCCUUUGUGGCGGAAAACGUACCUGACGUCCGUGCACCGGAGCCGUCCGCCGCUUUUGAUGACUCGGCGGAUGAGCGCCGCGAAAUGGAAGCAGCGUUUAUCAGAGAUGGCUGGACCCCCAUCGUCACGAUGGGUGGUAAGUACAUCCAUUGGGGGAAGGAAGGACACUCGACACCGCCAUCAUCGCGAACAAACGUCGACGCCGUCGACGACGCCAACAUCUUCCAAUCCGCGCGCACUUACAGCCAAGAACACCAUCGCCAAUCCCCAUACUUCAUACCCAGCCUCAAGGCCAUCCUCACCGUUGUCGGCGCCGUCGUCGUCGCUAUCCUGAGCGCGCUCUGCUUAGCGGUCUGGUAUUCCCAGUCCGACUAUGCGGCCGCAGAGUCUGCCAGGAUUGCUCAGCAAGCUCUCCGUCGCCGCCCCCUCCAGAAGCCCAUUGCGAUCCCGCCGCACGUGAAUAAUUCUUCCGACGCUCCCACAUCCCUUGAGGAGUAUGGAGUCGGACUGGACACCAUCAUUGAGCCGGACGCCGUUCCGAAUGACCAAUUCAACAACAGCAACGCCAACACCGAUCCCUCCCCUACUGGAGCCUCUUCUUCAGCCACAACAUCGUCCUCCAGCACCAGUGAAGAGAGCGACGCCUCUUCCGUAUCAGUGAACCCUUCCCCCGGUCAAGCCUCUAUCCGUCAUUUUCCUACUAUCCACACCAUCGCUCCCAAACAUCCGUACACCAUCGACGACUUCAAGAUCGAGCGUACCCUCGCCCACGGCGCCGGCAGCGUUCUCCAGGUCGCGCGCUGUUUGCACGCCGAUGGUAGAACAGUUGUCAUCAAGAAGACCAACAAGGUUCUUUGCUCCAAGUUAUCGGUUCGGAGACCUGCCCUCGAGGAGCGGUGGAUCCUUGAGCGCCUGACUCUGGAGAAUGCAGAGGACGAGACCAAGCAUGCGCUCAUCAUCAAGCUCUUCGCGAGCUUCCAUGACGAGUCCGACCUGUACAUGGUUCUGGAACACCACCUUUGUGACCUCCACACACGCAUGAGCCAUUAUCACGGACGUGACAUGAGCUUCCCGAGCGAGCUCCUACGGUUUUAUAUGGCCGAACUCUGCACAGCGGUCGUCGGGCUGCACGCCAUCGGCAUAGCCCACCGCGACAUCAAGCCCGAGAACAUCCUCAUCGACCGCGACGGCCAUAUCGUGCUAUGCGACUUCGGCCUCGCCGCUGAACGGAUGCCUCGCAUCAAUCACGGUACUGAGUUCAUCUCGCCAUCGUGGGUGCGGGAUGGCAACGCUAUAGAACAUGCCUUCAAUGACGGCCAUAUGGUGGGGACGCCUUAUUACACUGCGCCGGAGAUCCUGCUGGGCUGGGACCAUGGCUUCGCAGUCGACUGGUGGGGCGUGGGCGCGGUGAUGUUCACUGUGCACGCGGGAAAGCGUCCAUACGAGGACCUUGUCAACAAGCGCCAACAGGCGGGCGAUACGCGCAGGGGCUCGGAUAUAGCCAAUUGGUUGACCAUUAUCGGCGAAUAUCCCGGUAUUCCGGAUGGCAUGACGAAGACCGCCGAGGACUUCCUAGUUGGGCUCAUGCAGCUAAAUCCUCAGCUGCGCCUCGAUGACUUCGCCGUCAAGCACCACGCAUACAUCCGCGAAACUAAGUACAGCUGGGACGACCUCGCCAGCAGACGAACCACUCCUCCGCCUGACGCUCUUGACAUGCCCGACAUGCAAGAUCCAUGGUCCGACAACACCGCUGAUUGCCAUACCUAUGAGGCUUUGGUGAACGAGGCGAAGAGGGAAGGUCGCACUCCGCCUGAUGAGUCUCGGUACUUCAAGAGAUACAACUUCGUACUUCCAGAGGGGAUGUGA